AUGGAAUAUAACUGGAAUUACAACCCCCCCAAGAUAGUUGAUAUCAUUGGAUUGAUGGCUAACGAGAUCCCAGUAAGAAAAUAUGAAAGUGUUAUAGAAGUGGUAUUGGGUAGUAGUGACAUUGAUAUUAAUAUUCGUCCACUAGAAGAAGUUAUGUGGAGAUCAUGUACGUUGAAGGAUGUUAUAUCCAAACGAUCUGUACGAUUUUUACGAACCACCACCACCACAAUAGGAAUCAACAACACUAGACCCUUGGUACCGAAAUCAAGAUUCAUCAGAUACGUAGUCUAUCCCACAAGUAUUAUAACUGCAGGAGCAACCACGGUCUAUAUCAUUGACAACAUCUACUAUUCAUCCCUUAUCACUAGAUCAACACGUGCAUUGUAUGUUUUACUUUGGAUUGCAUAUCAGUAUGGUUACAAUAUUCAUAAUUAUCCCCAUAUUGAAGAUCUUCAUGAGAUCGCCUCGGAGAGGUUAUUACAAUUAUUGAUGAAGAAUAAAGGUCUCUAUAUCAAAUUGGGACAAGCUAUAGCUAACCAAGGAACCUUGUUUCCUCGUGCAUAUCAAGAACGAUUUCCUAAGCUUUAUGACUCAGCACCAGUUGAUGAAUGGGAAAAGAUGGAUCGAAUGUUAAGAAUUAACCUUGGGAAAGGAUACGAAGAAGAGCAUUUUGAUUGGAUAGAUAAGACACCCGUUGCAAGUGCCUCCAUUGCCCAGGUUCAUAAAGGGAAAUUGAAAUCAACUGGCCAAGAGGUUGCGAUUAAAAUUCAACAUGAUUAUAUAGAUAAACAGAUCGUCGUGGAUUUAAUGAUCUAUCGAUUCAUUUCAAGGAUUUAUGAGCAUGUAUUUGAGAUGCCCUUAACUAUGUUUACGAAAUAUGUUUCCGAACAAAUGAUCACAGAGACUGAUUUUGUUCAUGAAAUGCACAAUUCACAGAAGUUAGAUGAAUUUAUUAAAUCGGAUGGCAAUUUGAAACAUACGAAUGUAUACAUUCCCAAAUGUUAUCCUGAAUUAACUACUAGACAAAUCUUGAUAGCAGAAUGGAUUAAUGGGAUCUCUUUGAUUCAUAAAGAGAAGUUGUUGGAGGAAAAAUUCAACUUAACUACCAUCAUGGUCCAAUAUUUGAAGUUAUUUGGUAGACAAAUCUUUCAAUAUGGUUUUGUUCAUUCUGACCCGCAUCCAGGUAAUCUUAUUGCCCGAUUUGAUGAAAAUGGGAAACAACAACUCGUGCUCAUUGAUCACGGUUUGUACAUCACUAUACCGGAAGAAUUUCGGGUACAAUAUUGUAAUCUAUGGAGAUAUUUAUUCCUGUUGGAUACCAUUGGGAUUAAAAGUAUUGGAAGAAGUUGGGGAAUUAAUUCUGUUGAAAUUUUUGCAAGCAUGGUUCAGUUACGUCCGGUUUUAAUUAAUCCACAAAAUGAAGAUUUUCACGAUGAUAGGAAUGUUCCUUCUUUAUUAAGAGAUUUUAUUAGUGAUGAGAAGAAAUUCCCAAUGGAAUUACCAUUCUUGGCAAGGACUAUGAGAAUGAUUCAGAAUUUAAAUCAGAAUUUCGGAUCCCCAGUCAAUAGAAUUAAUUUGCUAACGAAAGAGGCUAUUGAUUCGUUAUUGUACGACAGGCAAUAUUUAACAUUUGCUGAUUACUGGGAUUUAUUUAAGAUUAAAUUAUCAUUAUCGUUCUCGGGUGUCAUCUUUUAUUUGAUUCGUUUAAGGCAGAUUUUGAUUGGUGAUAGGUUUGGAGGGAAAGGAAAAGGUCUUGAAGAUUAUAUUGAAAUGUACAUGCAAAAUACUGCCAAAUCUUUAGGUUUAGAUACUAUAUAG